AUGCAGAAGCACGUGGAGGAGUUGAGAAAUGUUGAAUAUGUUGGUGUUGACAUCGUUCCGGAGCUGAUUGAGAACAACAAGAAGCAAUUCAAAGAGUGGAAGAAGAUGAGAUUCGAGGUGCAGAGGAGUGUUGUUGUUGUGAACGUUACUUGUUCCUUGACUUUUCAUCUUCCGUGGAUGGUUCAGACAAUGGAUAUCGUCAGGGAGCCUAUCGGCCGAUCUUUUGAUCUGAUCGUCUGCCGUGAUACUCUCUUUCACCUGCCUGUUUUCGACGCUGUACAGGCUUUGAAAAAUUUCGACGCGAGCAAGUCGAAAUUUCUCCUCUCGCACUUUGACGAGGAACUUACGAGCAAUUGGCCGGACAUCAAGGUCGGGGGUUGGCACCUGAUCAACCUGCUCGAAGCUCCCUUCAAACUUUCUGCUCCUGUUGAGAUGGUCGUCGAGAAAGGGCAGGACGAGCAGUCGAAGGUGCAGAACCACUACGGACACGCGCGCAGGCUGGCUCUGUGGAAGCUGCCGGCGAUGAAGCAUACGGGGGAGGCGACAAGAUGCCAAAAGACGAGGAGAGAAGGUCCCUUCCCUCCUGUGCAGGCUGGUCAGCAUGCUGAGAGUGCUGGCAGCAGCGAGUCCAGGGGGAAGGAGCGUGACGGAGACGAUGAGGAGGCUGAAGGAGUCGGGGAGGGAGAGGAGAUGCCUGCUCGCUCAACCCCUGUCGGGAGGGAGCGCGUCAACCGCUGA